AUGGCUGUUUUCAGCUUUACCUCUGUGUUUUUUGCUUUCUGCUGGCUUAUAAGUCAAGUAGGAGGUUCUGCUAUCUGCAAUUUUACAGCUUCAAGCCUUUCCUUCGAUUCAGACACAACAGUACUCUCCACGACUUUCUACUCAAAUGGCUCUACGAUUCCACUUCCAGGCACGGUAGCAUCAUGUGCCAUCAACUCUACAAUCGCAACUGGUGAUCUCUGCAGAAUCACUCUCAAUGUACAAACAAGCUGCAUGUCUUCCAUCUUUCUUGAAGCCUGGCUCCCCACGAACUGGAAUGGCCGUUUCCUAGCUUCAGGCACAGGAGGCAUUGGGGGCUGUGUCGAUUACACCGUUCUCCAAUCUGGGGUCCAGCAAGGCUUUGCGACACUGGGUCAGAACGCUGGUCACAAUGGUUCUACAGGCUUUGACUUUUUUCUCAAUAAUCGGGAAUCGUUGAUUGACUUUGGCUACCGAUCUACGCAUAUCGAAGCCGUGACUGGAAGACAGCUCGUCGAGCAGUACUAUGGCAAGCCUGCAACUAAGAAUUACUACAUGGGGUGCAGUACAGGCGGCAGACAGGCUUUCAAAACUGCAAUGAUGUAUCCGGAAGAUUUUGAUGGCAUGUUGGCAGGCAGUCCUGGUGUCGACUGGCUUCGAGUUGUUAGCUCAAAAGGUAUUCUCGCCGGAAGAAUUGGCUGGCCCGAUGUCUCAAGUCCAGCUUAUCUGAGUGAUGAUCAAUGGACAGCUAUCGUGGCAGAACAAAUCAAACAAUGUGAUGGACUAGAUGGAGUUAUCGACGGAAUUUUGGACGAUCCAACAAAAUGCGGAUUCAACCCGGAAACCUGCGCUUGUGGAACUGGAGUGCUCAAUAAUUCUGUAUGCUUGAAUCCGUAUCAAGUCAACAGCGUUCGUCAAGCAUAUCUUCCCAUUGCCGAUACGAAGGGUGACAUUGUGUAUCCUGCUUGGGACUAUGGCGUUGCUACGGAUGUGUUCUCAAAGUAUCCAACUUCAUACGCGAUCUUGUCGGACUACUUUCGCGGAGCUAUCUAUAAUAAUAGCGAUUGGAAUUCAUCAGACUUCACAGCCGCGGACAUGGACUUUGCUGUGAAAGUCAAUCCGGGCAGCGUCAACACCGGAGAAAGUGACCUCUCUGCUUUCUUUGCUCGAGGUGGAAAAUUGAUGGCAUACCAUGGGCGAAACGACAAUUCCGUAACCUCUCGCAAUAGCGAGAACUAUUUCAACGAUGUCCAACGAACAUUGAAUCUUACCAUAACGCAGAUACACAGCUUCUACCGCCUCUUCUUCAUCCCAGGGAUGCACCAUUGUACCGGUGGCCCCGGGGCUUGGGACAUAGGGCAGAAUGGACCUGUACCCACCGACAUGCUGACUGUACAGGAUAAUGCGUUGAUGUCGCUGGUUGAAUGGGUUGAAAGUGGCGUCGAGCCGGAAAGCUUGGUGGGGACGAAGUAUACAGAUGAUAAUCAUUCGAUGCCUGUUCUGGCGCAGAGAGCUCAUUGUGUGUAUCCUAAUGUCAGUGUCUGGGAUGGUAUCGGAGAUACAAAGGUUGCAUCAAGUUGGAACUGCAGACUGCCUUCAUAA